AAAGAAGUUUGAGAAUGCUCGAACACUGCUCAUUAUCGUCGAUGAUAAAACUUUCCGGGUAGCGGUGUGAAACAGGGUGCUCACCACGAAACAACGAGGGCAACAUGCUGCAGACGUAAUUGAAUCCCCGCGUUUUCCCCGUUUCGCAAAAGUCAACCGAUACCCCGGAGGCACACCAGAGGCAACACCGUAAAGCGAAUCCUUGAAAGACUCGCGCGGUGAGGUGUCACGAAAAUGGCAUCGUUUACUUGCAAAGCUGGCGGGGAGCUUGCGGCGAUGAAGUAAUCGUCUUAGCCGGCUUCCUCCUUCGGACAGUGUUGUAAAAAUAAACAAGGUGACAGGGUGACUUCCUCUGUCCUUGGCUCGGGCCAACGCCUAACGGUACCCCGGAACAAGGGUAAAGUACAACCCAAGGACGACACGUACCCUUCAUCGGCAAGACCAUCGCCGACAUGACAACCGCUAAUCACAAACGUUGGUCCGACUGGAAUACCUACUGGGCAUGUGAGGUAAGCAUAUCAUCAGCACGGGCGUCGGUGAUGGUGUACGACGACGUGAACAAGAAAUGGGUGCCGAGCGGAAGUUCGUCCGGCUUAUCGAAGGUGCAGCUGUACCAUCACCAGGUGAACAACACCUUCAGAGUGGUCGGUCGGAAGCUCCAGGACCAUGAGAUAGUGAUAAACUGCGCUAUCCUCAAAGGACUGAAGUACAAUCAGGCUACGGUUACGUUUCACCAAUGGCGGGACAACAAACAAGUUUACGGGCUGAACUUCUCGAGUAAAGAUGACGCCGAUGCUUUCGCCAAGGCCAUGCUGCAGGCCCUCGACGUCCUCAGCAACGGCAGCAAUAUCUCGAGGAGUUUGGGUCCGGCAGUCGCUUCCACAGCACCGGCGAAUUACCAGCAACAGCAACAGUCCCAACAGCAACAACAACAGCAACAACAACAGCAACAGCCUCUUGGUAUCACCCAGCAGUACGAAGAGGACAUGGGAUACAGUCAGAGUCAGAGUCAAAGCCAAAGCCAGGCCCAAAGCGGAUCUGGUCCCGUUCAGGGGGGCCUGGGGAUGGUAGGAAGCAUAGGGAGCGUAGGGAGCGUGUCGAGAGUUUCCUUGUCCCUGGGGCACCUCGGUGGAAGCCCUGCCCCCCCAUCGGCAACCGCCGCUCCGAUAGCGAGCGGCAUCACAACCGUCAUUCAGGUCGGGGGUGGAGUUGCGAGUCGGGGAUCACCGGCUGAUCGCGAGAACGUCAUGAGAACCAUGACCAGAGAAGACGUGGCGAUAAUUCAAGAGCGACGGAUGUCUCAACAGAACCAAGUAAUGAGCAGCCCAAGCGCUGCGGUUCCACCGGGGUGUCCGCCAGCGGCCCAACAACAGUCCGGCCAUCAUCGGACUUCGUCAGCACCCCCGGCGCCUCAACCGCCGGUAAUGCCGGGCCCUAUAAACCCGGCACAAUCACAAAUAGGGGGCGGUGGUCCGCCGGUACCGCCGCCACAACCACCGGCAGCACCCCCACCACCCUGCCCGCCGUGUCCGCCGUGUCCACCGUGUCCACCAGCGACGAUAAGCUACCAACAGCAACAGCCUCCGAGCGUCAGCACCGCACCCGUACCGCCCCCGAUGAUGAUGAACCAGUACGCAUCAUCCUCCCAAAAUCCCAACCAGUCACAAUCCCAGCCAAUAUAUGGUACCAAUCAGGGGAACCAGUACGGUGUUGUUGGUCAAAACAGUAUUUACGGUGUCGGUGGUAGUGUGAGUCAGAGUAACGGUGCUAACCAAUACUGCACUGGUAGUCAGAACAGUCUGUACGGUUCGACGACGAUUCAAGGCGGUCACUUUGGUAGUAAUCCGAGCAUUCAGAACGGCCAACAACAGCAACAGUACGGUAGUAAUAAUUCCAUAAACCAGUACGCGACCACUGGUCAUAAUCAACAGUCACAGUACGCGGUUGUUGGGAACGGUUCCCAGACUCAGUCACAGUCGCAGUAUGCGGUAGUUGGCAAUGGUACUCAGCAAUAUGGGUCGACCACCGCUACCCAGUUGAGUAAUAAUAAUUCGACAAACCCGUACGGUACCCCUUCAAAUUUGGUCAAUCAGUACGGCUCUCAUUCCAUUUUGAAUUCUAACACUUAUGCUCCUCCGGUUGGCAGCAACGGCCCACCGCCACCCCCCAUGGGCCCACCUGGUGGCCCUGCUGCCCCACCCCCACCUCCACCUCCGCCCGCACCCAACGCUAACUCAAACAGCUCAGAUGCACCGCCCGAUACCAAUUCGUUAGCUGCUGCCCUCCAGGCUGCGCGUCUUAAAAAGAAACAGCAAUCCCAGCCAAUCGAGAACAGCGGCUCGAGCACAAGCAGUAGUGGUAGCGCCACUGGAGGGGGCGGCAACUAUGGAACACUUGGACGUGGCGGAGGCGGAGGAAUAGCUUCUAUGAUGGAUGAGAUGGCUAAAACACUUGCACGCAGGCGCGCAGCUGUUGAAAAGAAACAGCCAGAACAGCCUCCGGAGCCAGAGAAUUCGCCGGGAAAGGGUACCUGGGAUAAGAACAAUUCGUCGAAUAACAAAUUCGCGAAUGGCGCCGAAUCCCCAAAGUCAGCUCGCAAGAGGUUCGGCUCCGCAUCGGAAGACACAUUGCUCAAGGUGAACGGAGUCAACGAAGGUACGCCGUUGUCCGCCCAAGAAAUGGAGGCAUUUAAGGCUGAAAUAAUCAAGGACGUUCGUAGAGAGUUUCAAAAGAUGAAACAGGAGAUAAUCGAAGCACUCAGGUCGGAAUUGAGCAGAAGGUAAAGUCAGCCUGAUUUAUCUUAAGGUUCAUUUUCUACGGUAUAUUUAUAAAUGGAUUCUACUGAAGUAAAAAAAAAAAAAGAAAAAAAAACUAAAAACUAAAACAGAAAAAAAACCACAUAAGAAAUGAAGAAAAAAAAAUAAGUUAAAAGUAAGAAAUUCAUCAUCGACAAGCGCGGAAGACACCGAUUUUCAUCAGACUUACAUUGGGGGGGAAAAAAAAAUAACCGAAGAAAAUCAGAAUAGAAGUUACAAAACUAAACAACGGAGAAAGUAACCAAUAGAAGAUAUUGUUGGAAGAACAAAGCGAAUGAACGGGAAUAGAAAAGAAAAGAAGAGAGAGAGAUACAUACACGAUGUAGUAAUAUCCAUGUAUAUCAGCCAUUUGUAUGUAUAAGUACCUUGAAUUAACUUAAAUUAACUUAACUUAAAUUAAAUUAAAUUAUAAUUAGUAUAUUACGUCUCUUACAUUAUACAUAUACAUAACUACACGUAUGUAUGUAUAUUGCCUUUACGGUCGAUAUAACAAAAUAGGUAUCUACCUACCUAUAAUAAUUAACGAUACACUUAUAAUCGUCGCAAUAACGCGUGCUGCUCAUUGUCGUCCAUUAUUUUGGGCCUGAAACACCUUCUGUCGCGUCUAAAACGAAGGUUUUUCUUUUCGUAAACAACGUGUACCGCGAUCACCAUAUUUAUCUACCACAAAUUUUUUUUCUCCUUAAUUCGAUCACCGACACUGCAAAAAUCUACGGUUUUACGUAAUUGUCCCCCUCGCCCCCGCCCCCCCAAAAAAAAAAGACAAAAAAAAGAAAAAUAAGUCUGGACUCGAUUGCUUUUGGUAACUAUAUUCUUAUUUUAUCGUAAGUUUCGUAUUAUGAAAUCAAUUGUCACCGACUUGGGUAUAUAAGCGCGUAUUAAAAUUUGUGCGUUCGUGUAAACUCGUGAAAGAGUUCAAAAUCGGGAACGUCGAUGGUUGAUAUAUUUGUGAACUAAAUACUUUUUUUUUUUCCUUCACGCUCAGGAUGAACGACGUUCGGUCUACUUAAACUUGUCUUGCUGAUUAAAGGAUAUCGAUCAGUUGCUCAAUUUAUCUCUUCGUUUAGAAUUUGAGUGAAAAAAAAAAAAAAAAAAUGAAAGAAAGAAAUAAAUUAAAACAAAAAAAAUA